AUGACGAGCCUCGUGUUGGAGGCGUACGACGGACAAACCAGUCCAAAGAAUCAUCUGUCUCGUUUUGAGGCGAAGAUGGUGAAGUACGCGGUUUCCGACGCUGUGAAAUGCAGGAUGCUUCCAUCAACGUUUCGAGGCGUGGCAAAGAAAUGGUUCACGAAUCUGCCUCCAGGAUCCAUAGCUAAGUUCAGUGAUUUCUCAUCAAAAUUCCUUGACCACUUCUCUGCAAGGACGGUCGAGGAUCUGUUUGAUACUCGGCAGGUGGAACGUGAAACCUUGAAACAAUAUGUGAAACGAUACAGUGCCAUAUCCGCGAGGUUCGAGGAAUUGCAGCCACGCGCGUGCGUGUGUGCUUUCAAAGGCGGUUUGGCCCGGGGAGAAUUUUAUUGCGAGCUGAGUAGGGAGCUGACAUGCUCAAUGAUGGAAGUCCGCGCCCGAGCGCUGUACUAUAUCUUAAAAGAGUAUAUUGAAGCACACAAGAGGAAAGGCGAGCGAGCAGCAAAGGUAACUCUGGCAAGGGAAAAGGUACAGGACAAGGAAACGAGUCGCAAGCACAGGUUUGGACAAGCUGGCCGAUUCAUAAAGAAGAAUAAAGGGAAAUUACUCUUACUCCGCCCGAGAAUGGGGGAUAGGACACACUGGUGCUCGCGCCGAGAAGCGAGGGUAGGCCAGCGAACGAGGUCGCAGGGAUGCUCAAACAAGGAGCUAGCAAAGUUACUUCUCGAGGCAAAAAUUGAGGACAUGAACAGAGUCGGCGAGCGCACAAAGGACCCCAGAAGCGAGGUGGAGAGUCCGUUGAGGUGGUGUGAGUACCACAACUUAGAGGGCCAUAACACCACCGACUGUUUCAUGCUGAAGGGUCAAAUCAGGCGGUUGAUCGGGGCGAGACGUUCGCAAGCGGCGAAGGGAAAGAAAUUUGAAGAAGUUGACAGCGGCGAGGGCAAAGGAACGGUUGAAGCAACGAACACGAUCGCUGGAGGUUUCGAAGUUCGCAACGACGUAUCGGCGGCGGGCCGGGAGACAGUGGGGGCGACAGCAUCGGUACAGGUGUAUCCAGAACCAUUUGGGUGCCCACAUCCAGACAUAGUGAUAUCGACCGCAGAUUUCGAGGGAAUCAAGGCCCAUACGGACGAUCCGGUAGUGGUAAUGGUAAGAAUAAAAGGUUUCAAUGUACAGAGGGUGCUUUUAGACCAGGGCAGCUCGGCGGAUAUAAUCUAUGAGGACGCAUUCAGACAGAUGGGGUUGACAGACAAGGAUUUAAAGCCAUACGCGGGAAGUUUGGUAGGUUUCUCCGGGAAACAAGUUCAGGUACGUGGCUACGUAGAGUUGGAUACAGUUUUCGGAGUGGGCGAGGAUAAAAUAUCUGGUCCUACAAGUCGCGGCAGCUAA